AUGCCUCACGCCUCAGAGCACCCUGGCACUCCUGUUGGCAUGGCAAGGCUCCGAAGCCACAUUUACAUAGCUUCCGUGACUACUCAAAGGGACAGAACACAGCCCAUUGCCGCAAUGGUGGCAGCCCUGGGCGCAAAUGAUUUAAGCGGCACAUUCCUGCCCUACCUGGUGCCCAUGGCUUCACCACGCCAGUCCGUUCGGUCACCAAGACAGGUGAGUUUUGACAUCCCUGCGCCUGCGGACGAACCGAGAACACCUCCACCGCGCCCAGAAGAAACACCGAACACUACAGAACCGUUGCACGCCGAUUGUGGCAACGACAUCCCGCAAUCAUAUCCUCCAGGAGGCCAUGCCGCGGAAGAGGAGCCAGAACAAAUCAUUACUUUAGCUCAUGUCAAAAAGAAGCUAUGGGAUGAAAUGAUCCAGUGCCCCGAUGAUGCAAGCAACCGGUUUUUACCCCGAGGCCAGCUCAGCAAGCUCGUCACGCGAAAAGUCGUUUCCGAAGUGAUUCGUUGCGAAUUCUUCAAUGAGCCAGAGGCCGAAGCGCAGGCUUGUGCGGAUUUCGUUUGGGGUGAGGGAGGACCAACGGUUGAGAAUGGAGAAAUGCCGCCGAGUUCACCCCCGGGCCCGUUUCGACCGCCGCUGGCUGAGGAGAUGGAUGCCGACCCAGAUGAGAAGACGUCCAGUCGCAAAAUCUUUACGAUUCUGAUGUUGAUAUCCAAAGUCAAACUCAUACGCAUGUUUAAAGAGGCCGGGAUACGGGACCGGGAACUUCCAUUCAUCCGUUGCAAGGAUAAGAAUACGCUGUCUACGUGGCAAGGCAGGGAUUUGGCUUUCCUUACUGAUAAGGAAGCCUUGAAUGAAUUCUAUUCAAAGCAGCGGUGGAUCCAUAUCCCGUUUAUUAAGAUGUUCGACCAGAACCCAAACACCGAGAAAUAUCGACUUCUCCAUAACGACACGAUCCUCCCUUUUACUGACUGGGACCCGCAAGAGCAACAAGUCGAUGAGAGUGCAUAUGCCAAGGUCACUCGAGUCGCGAUACACCCCGAUCAUCACCGAUUCACCCAUCCCAAUACCAACUUUUUUGCGAUCAAAGAGUUCUUCCCGGACCUGGAAGAUCAUCACCACGGGCAUUACCGAAACGAAAUCGCAGCUUUCGCUCAGACGAAAAAAGGAUCACACCUGGUUGAACUUCUCGCAACGCUUAGCAUCGCGGGCGGCGAAGGGAAGCAAGAUCAAUUAUACCUCAUCUUCCCUUGGGCGGAUGGAGGAAGUCUCAAGCACAUGUGGAAGCAGGAGCCCGAGGAAUUGCUUCUAAACCACAAACUCGACAAACCCGCUCUUGUCCGCUGGGUGGCUCUUCAAAUCUUCGGUAUCAUAACAGACCUAUGCAAUAUUCAUGAAAGGCCUUCCGAUGAGAACGAAGAGCCAAAUGGCAUUGGAACCGAAACUGGCCAUGAGAAUGACAAGGGCGAAACGACCAAUAAACCGUUGUUUGGUAUCCAUGGUGAUAUCAAACCGGAGAACAUACUUCACUUUAUCCAAGAGACGGGAUUCCACCGUCUGGGCAGACUUAAACUCGGUGACUUUGGCGUAAUGCAGUACCACGCGAAAGACAGGCGCACGGGGCCUCAUCACACACCAGCUGGGGCGCCGUCGUACAGGGCUCCAGAGCAAGAUGUGGAGUUUCGCGGAGACAUGUGCAGAAGAGUUGAUAUCUGGGCACUUGGGUGCGUCUUCUCGGAGCUGGUAACAUGGCUAAUCCGGGGUACGAGGGGACUAGAGGCCUACCAAAAUAAACGACUCGCAGAUUAUCUGGAGCGCAGGCGUACGAAAGGAGAGACUAUAAAGGCCAAGGCUAAUUCGAGAAGCCGCGAGGAUGUGUUCUUUCUAAAGUAUUACCUUCGGGAUGAAGGCGGCUCACAGCCUGGCAGGUGUCCGUGGAUACCAAAGUUAAGGCCUAGUGUGAAAGAGUGGAUUGAGGAGCUGAUCACGGAUAUCGGCGGUAAGGAAGCCGACUUCUUCCUCGCACAUUUUUUAGAGUUCGUCAAGUCGGAGAUGCUACAUCCGGAAAGAGAAUGCCGGGCAACCUGCCAGGAGACAUUUGUGUUCCUCAAAAGGCUUAUGGAUCGAGAUACACCAGAGUACUGGUCCUGCCCGGAGUCAAGGCGGGACUUCUCGGAAUCCGUUCCAGAGCUGUCCUCUGAUGAAGAUCUGGACCCAGAACUUGCCUCUAGCACAAAUCUAGUUCUAGAGAUAUCCUCUAAUGGAAACCCAGACCUAGACCUCGCCUCUAACGAACACCUGAACCCAGAGCUCGCCUCCGACGAAAAUCCAGCCGCAGGGCAAUCCUCUGGCGAAAAUCCGGCUCUGGAUUCCCACAGCCGAAACACACGGUGGAAUGCGUUGCUUUCCUCCAUUUCGUACGACUCUGUCCGGGCUAUGGAGUUUGGCGAGAUGUUCCCUGGGACCGAGGUGCUUGGAAACGACUUCAGUCCCAUUCAGCCCACAUGGGUACCUCCAAACGUUAAAUUUGAGGUGGAUGAUGUCGAAGGCGAUUGGGUGUAUGCUCACCCAUUUGACUACAUUUUCUGCCGAUACAUGACAGGCUCUAUCGCGGACUGGCCCAAGCUUGUGAGUAAUAUCUAUGACAAUUGGAUCGGCAUGCUUCUCGAUGCCGCUCGGAAAAUCGGCCGCGAGCCGUGCCCCGGACCAAAGCUCCUCGAGCGGGUCAAAGGCGCCGGGUUCACAAAGGUUACUGAGAGAGUGUUCAAGAUGCCCAUUGGGUCCUGGCCGAAAGAUCCUAGGCUCAAGGAGCUGGGACUGAUAAAUGCAUCUCAGGUGAUUGAUGGGUUGGAGGCAUUCUCAAUGAGAUUGAUGUGUGAUGUUCAGGGAUGGAGUGAAAGCGAGGUGCAGGUGCUUUUGGCUAAGGUCAGGAAAGAGCUGAAGGGCACGGUGUUCCAUGCGUACGUCAACUUCCACGUCGUCUAUGGACAAAAGCCAUCAGAAUAG